AUGGAAAACGACAAUAAUGAUGAUAAUAUACCGACAUUAGUCGAUGAUACAGCUGUUUUAUCUGCUAAAGUACCUGUUACGAUUCUUACUGGGUAUCUUGGUGCUGGUAAAACAACAUUACUCAAUUAUAUUCUCACUGAAAAUCAUCAAAAACGAAUUGCUGUUAUUCUAAAUGAAUUUGCUCAGGGUAGUGCUAUGGAGCAUCUUCUAUUAACAACAACAAAAGAUGACAAUAAUAGUAAUGGACGUCAACAAUACCAAGAUUGGCUUGAACUUCGCAACGGUUGUUUAUGUUGCUCUGUCAAAGAUGUAGGUGUACAAGCUAUUGAGCAACUGCUUGAAAAACGACGAAAUCAUUUUGACUAUAUUCUAUUGGAGACAACUGGUGUUGCUGAUCCACUUCCAAUUGUCAAAAUGUUUUGGCUUGAUGAUGAAUUACAUAGUGAUUUAAUUCUUGAUGGUUUAAUAACAAAUUAUGAAGAUGAUCGUCAUCAAGCAAAAGCAUUAUGGUCAAGACAAGUAGCGAUGGCAGAUGUUGUACUGGUAAAUAAAGUCGAUUUGGUCUCGGAAGAAGAAAAAAUGAAAGUGCUUGCACUUGUUCGAUCAAUUAACGUUACGGCUCAAGUUUAUGAAACAACACGCUCAUGUAUUGAUUUAUCUCUUAUACUCGAUCGACAUGCGUACAGUAAUCACUCUCCAACUGAUUAUCUUUUGAAAAAAAUUGACAACCAAGCAUCAAUAUCAAUUCCACAUGGACAUCAAACACUUAAUUCUAUAACAAUUGAAUUAAAUGGUGAAUUUGAUUUCAAUGAACUUGAUCAACUGAUGAUUCAACUUUUAUGGAACGAACAAAAUACAACUCAAGAAAUCGUUCGAAUGAAAGGUGUUCUUUGUCUUCGCAAUGAAUCAACUUAUAAACUUCUUCAAGCUGUUGGUCAAAUGUAUGAAUUUAUUUCUACAAAUGAAAAUCAUCAUGAUAAUUUACGAAAUUGUCUGGUUGUGAUUGGAUCAAAACUUAAUCAACAUUUUUUAAUAGAACAAUUUCAAAAAUGUAUUAAAUAA